GGAUUAGGUUUUCUGGAAGUGAGAAUUUUUUUUUUUGACAUGACGAUUCCUGUUAACCUAAAGCCUUUCUUGAACAAUCUGACUGGGAAGACUGUAAUAGUGAAGCUGAAGUGGGGAAUGGAUUAAUGGAAUACAAAGCUUUUUUGGCCUCUGUGGAUUCCUACAUGAACCUGCAGCUUGGUAACACUGAAGAGUACAUCGAUGGACAGUUUACCGGAAAUCUGGGGGAGAUUUUGAUCAGAUGCAAUAAUGUUUUGUAUCUUCGUGGGGUACUAGAAGAUGGAGAAGUAGAAGAUGCAGAUUAAGAUUGAAGCAGUUUGAUCAUGGUUGAAAGAUAACAGCUAGCUUCUUAACUAAGAAAUGUUUUAUGGUAGUAUUUCUAUUGUGUAAUAGGUGGUUGUCUGUUGCUUAACCAACAUGUAUUUUGGUGUUUCUAGAACUCCUGCAAGCAAUCCUAACAAACAUAUUUGAAGUAAUUUCUGGAGAUGUUCCACUCUGUAGAAAUGGUAUGAAUAAUUCUCUUUUUGGUGA